AUGAGCUCCUUCAAUUAUGUCGACACUCCCAACGACAAUCUGAUAUGCUGCAUCUGCAGAGCACCCUUCCUAGAACCGCUCAAAGCGAGAACGUGUUGCCACACAUUCUGCGAAGAAUGCAUUACCAGGGCGCUUUCCGUCUCAAGCCAGUGCCCUAUCGACCGCUGUCCUUUGACGGUCGACGAUCUAUCGCCGGCUGACCCUCUCAUCCGGAAUCUGGUAGACGAACUCGCUGUCAAUUGCCCUCAAAGACACCUUGGAUGUCCCCAUAUCACCCAACGGCAGCUGGUCGAGUCCCAUCUCAAGGACUCGUGCCAUUUCGUUGAAGUGCAAUGUGCGGAUGGAGCGUGUGACAGGAAAGUGACGAGGAAGAAUGCGAAGCAUCAUGCCCAUUCUUCCGCGGUGGAGAAAAAUCAGGAAAUAGGCGAAGACAGCAAGGUAGAAACUGACGAGUGCCCUUUCACGGCUGCGUGUUGCUGCUAUAACUCCUACGGGUGUACUUGGAGCGGGAGUCAUGAAGAUUUAGCAUCACACCUGCGCUCAUGCUCUUAUGAAGCAAUGAAAGGCUUUCUCGACGUCUUCUCGUCGAAGAUGACUUCAUUGUCGGGCGAGAACUCUAUCCUGCAGCGCAAGAUCGAAGCGUUAGAGGGCUCAGUGAACGUCUUGAGGAGAGAGAACGAGGAAGCAAAGAGGGCCUUGGGGCCGUGGUACAGGCUUCACGGACAAGAUGAGACCCUCUUUGCAUCGACGACUCGCUACACCGCCGAAAUGGUGCCGCCUCCUGCCGAACGACCCGCUGCCCAACCACAGCAGUCAAGGAGCCCUGGUGGUACAACCGGAGGCAACCCCGAAAAUUCCACAUCUCCGCUGUCGACCGCACGUUCUCCGCCAUCAUCCCACUUGUAUCCAUAUCAUGAUCAUAUGUACCCAUCCACCUCUCCAUACGCCCUGCCGUCUGGUCCGCUACCACCCGCAUCCUCAUCUUCGAUCUCUCCGCCGCAGGUCCCGGCCGUCGCGCCGCUCAACAUCAGUACCUCGCUGCACCGCUCACUACUGUCGCUGCGCGAGAGCAUCGUCACGCUGAGCAACGCCGUCGAUUCGCUCGCCCGGCGCCAAGACGUCGCGCUGGCGACAGAGGUGAUGCGUCUGAACGAGGAAGUCCGUGGUCUGCGGGUCGUGAUACACGGUUUGCGCAUGCAGAUGCACUCUAUCAUGAUGGACAGGAACGCACAGGUCGUUGCAACGUCGUCUACCUCUCGUACGCCUGUGCCAGAUCCCACACUCCAGCCUGCGCCCGCACACGUUGCCGGCGUCACCGGGUCGUUCGUCCCGACGUGGUUGACCGGUAUGAUGCCGCCGCUGACGUUCGCUGGCCCGCGCUAUCCUCCAUACCCGUACCAGCAGACACAGAACCAGUCUGUGUCCGGGCCGAAGCUCUGAUUCCGCUCCGUAUGCCGGGACAAUCAGGAGACAGGAGAAUAGACUGAGUUGCCGCUGUGCCCAGCGCUGUUAGACGUGGCGUCAGGACAUGUACCGCGCGGCAUGCUGUUUUGUAAUAUGUGAUUACAAGUGUCUGAGGUAUCACACAAUGGAUGGCUACAGUCUCGGUCCGCAAAGCCUGUUUGGCAGUCAACUCAGGUCCCGCGCGCCAGUUCGCGCAAGGUCUGUAGGGUGGGCUCUAGAUCG